GAGUUUUACGAGGGAGCAGUGGGACAAAAUGCGGCAAAAUAAUCGCGAGGCAAUCGCAAAGUGGGAACAGGUGGAUUGACUGCCCUGUUUAAUGCUGCAAGGAUACUGACGAGCCUUGAUAGAGUGAGAUCGAGCCUGAAUACCGUGAUCUCAAACUCAUUGUGAGAAGCUACAAAAAGAAGGUCUUCGAAAUGGAAAAGGACAAGAUACGGACGAGCAACAUGUUCCCUCGAUUGGAAGAGGAGAUCAGAGGCUUGAAAAGAAAUCUUCGCAUCGCCGAAUCCGACGUGAAGCACCACACUGCCGAGGCAGAUCAGUACAAGAACCAGGUCUAUGGACUUCAAGUCGACUUGGAAAGUAUCGAGGCUCGCUUGAGUCAAGAGAUUCAGACAUUGAAGGACAAGCUUAACCUCAUUGAAGGAGAGCGCGAUGCCCUGAAGACGAACUUGAAGGAGGAGGAAGUCUUACGCAUUGCUGCUGAAGGCCAAAUCCCUCUACCUGCAGCAACCUCGGAGGAACACGACGAGUUCGGAUCGCCCAUUCGCUCCCCGCGGAAACUUCGCGCAAAUCGCGACGAUGAAGACAAGGAGAACGUUGCGCCGAGAAAGGCAGCGGUCGAACUUAAGUUUCUCCAGCAGCAAAUUAUCUCAGAGAAGCGACUCCGCGAGCGUGCAGAAGAGCAGAUUGACUUCAUGAAGAUGGAGUGCCAAUUCCAAUGCUGCUCUUGUCGGAUUGCAGACUUGAAGGGAUCCACAUUUAUUCACGAUGACAGUUACGCCACCGAAAUGGAGCGCAUUAAGGCUUCCGUUCCUAUCGUAACUCCACCUCAAAGCAGCCAUGGAGAUGACUCAAUUAGAGGCGUGCCCAUCAAACAAGUGUCCGUUGACAGCCAUAACGAUGACGAGUUUGAAAAUGUGGUAAUCAAGCAAGAGCCAGUAAACGACGACAAUCCGUUCGCUUCCCUUGAACAGCCAUCCGAGUCCCUUGAUCAUGCUUUCGAUAGUACAGGAUUCCCGAAGCCUCCGGUGAGUGCCACUGAAGAGCCAUCGAUGGCAUUCUCUCCAACGACUGGCACAUUCAAAGCGGUUCCGUCGCCGGCAAAGGCAUCAGUGUCGGCUGGUACAUCCACUCCCGGUGCCCUUCCUAAUUUAGACUUGUCCUUGGUCGUUGAAACAGCUGUCGAAUCCUCACCAUGGACCCCAGAAGCGAACAGCACAGUCAUUCGCACAGAGACUGCCUGUCCGCCGCCGUUCCGACCCCUCUCAAGACAGGAAUCUUUGAAGAGGCCCGUUCUGAGCAGCAUUGUGAUCCACGAAGAUGCUGUCGAGGACGAAUUAGAAGAGAACUCUGAGCCACUGACUCCACUACAUGGUCCUUCGGGUCCAGCAACACCCGGACAAUAUCUAACGCGCACUAUCACAACUACGACUACCAUCCCGCUUCACUUCUCCCCGUUUACCCCAGCAAGAAAAGAGGCUGACCAACCCCUGACUCCGUCCACCAUCGCUCAUACGCGCAUGCACACCUCAUCCCAACCAUUAGCCGAUCUAUCCUUGAACACGCUUCCAUUUGACAGAGAGGCAGCGUUAGAGCAGAUCCGCCAGCGACGAGGUAGAGCUAGGAGCAUGGCCGCUGGUCACGGGACGCCGAGGAAGCAGAUGAUGGAGGGAGUUACAGAGAGGCGAGACAUCAGUGCACCGGUUGGUCGAGUACGACGAUGACAAUUGAGGGAGCGGGAAGCUCUGCGAUGGACGUAACUGAUGUGCUGACAGUGUCGUAGUAUCAGAUGUAGAGACUAUAUAAUUUCCUCGUACCCGGGAUUAGCUUUCGGAGGAGUGCUUAGCGGCAUUACUGGGAGUUUGGGGGUCUUUCUUUCUUCCCUUGAGGCAGCAGUGCUGCGAUCGUUGAGGGAGUGUGAUCUUGGCUUGGCUGGCUCCCAUUUGGAUGGCCUUUUGGGGUUCGAUGCGAGUGACUUCUGGGCGCUGUAUCUUAGUGUAAUUGAGAAUGUUAUUCAAAGCCACUCAGAUGUCUUCGCCAUGGGACACCAUUGAUGAG